GAUCCGAUUCAAACAGGUGGAAAGGCUGGGACUGUCCUAGCGCGUGACUGAAGCUCGUGAAGGCAAUCUGUUGUACACUGAGUGGAUUAUUUUGACAAACAUCAGAAUAAAUAUAUAUUCAGAAUAAUUUUGGCCACACAUCGCGCUAUCAAUUGGGUCGUGCCAAAACCCCGCAUUUAAACGUCGUCUCGGGCCGGCCGUUUUAAAGUGGGUCGUUUAAGUCUACUACGCAGAGCUUUUUACCCUCUACUGGACCCACAUCCUUACUUCGUUAUUUUAUUUACGAAAUCGGCCAUCGGGGUUUUUCCCACUUGCACUGCUCCUCGAGCCGUUUACGCGCAGGUGGGAGAUACCCGCUUGGUAGGACGGCCCCCUCUCUCAGUUCCUCAGCGGAUGAUGUGUGCAAGUGACAUUUGCCGUUGCGGUUUGGGACAGUAGGCGAGGCGUUUCUGCAAACAGGUGUGCGGCUGCCCAAAACAGGCACACAUACGACUUUUUCCGGCUUGUUUAGCGGAGGCAGACAUCCAGCACCGGUGUCAAAGCUAUCGUACUCGUAGCGGGACAGGGAGAGGAGGGGGACGCUACUAUCAUUUUCAGUUAGAGGCUUUGUAGUUGCAUUCUGUCGUUUCGAAGAGGGGCACGGCUCACAAAGAGGAAGGAAUGGCAACUAAGAAACCAUGCACAGAUUUAACGAAAAGGAGCCGAAGUCCCGUCGUGCUGGAGGCAGAGAUGUUCAGCGAAUUUCAGGACUGGUGUCUCCGGACUUACGGCGACUCGGGUAAAACAAAGACCGUUACCCGACGAAAAUACAACAAAAUUAUGCAGACCCUGCUACAGAACGAAGAGUCCGAUGGUGUCUACGUCGACAACAGCCACAUCAACGCCAAAUUCAAAUUCUGGGUGAAGUCCAAAGGGUUUCAGGUCGGCAGCAACAUCUUGGGCGAGCACAACAAGAAAGAGCCAUCGGGGAAGCCCGUCCUGUACGUUCCUGUCAAGUCUACGUGUUCGGAUGGAGGGGCAUCCCAGGACAGCUCUUUGAAGCGGGUCGCUGUGGUGGAGGAUUUUUUUGAUAUCAUCUAUGCCAUGCACGUGGAGAUGGGGGCGGAUCCCGGUAGAGCACCCAAACACGCCGGUCAGAAAAAGACAUACAAGGCGAUUGCAGAGACGUACGCAUUUCUUCCACGUGAGGCAGUGACCCGUUUUCUGAUGAGCUGUGGAGAAUGCCAGAAAAGGAUGCACAUCAACCCGAGCACAGCAGAGUUCAAAGAGAACGACCGGCCCACCUCUCUUGUGCCGGACCUCAUUGACUACAACAUGCCUCUUACUGCCACCUAUCUGAAACAGAUGAAACUACAGUGCAUGACGAACAAUGAGCAGGAUGAGAGUUCAGUAAGCAGUGAGGAUUUGGACAUGGCUGAGCCCGCGUGGGUCUCUACUGAGCGUGCUCCAGCCGCAGAGCCCAACAGUCCGGCCGCCCCGUACUCAGAAAGGAUGCCAACACCUCCACAGGCCAGCAUUAAAGAAGAGGAAGAUGACUCCUCUUCAGAGAAUGGCAGCACAGCUAACGGCCUUCCUGCAGUGACUCCACCUGGUGCUGCUGCUAUGGCGACAGGAGGAGUUCCUGCAUCUGAGGGGGCGGUUCCAUACGGGGAGGUGAACGGUAACGGUGCCGCAGCACCGCUGGACUUCAGCAACACUUUAUCAUCCUCUUCUUCACAGGAGGGACAGCAGCCCGUCAACCUGACUGACAGACUGUUGCCAGGGGUGACGCUCGGAUCCUACCAACCUGACCUCAACAGAAAAUUCCCUGUCAAAACCGAGUAUGGCAACAAGUCCCCUCAAUACAGCUCAGGAAGCUAUGACUCUGUGAAGACAGAACUGAGCACGUGUGGGGAGGACAUGACCCCGGGUCGCUCUCAGGUGAUAGAUGAUGAUGAUGAUGAUCACGAUGACCAUGACGACAGUGACAAGAUUAAUGAUGCCGAGGGUAUGGACCCUGAAAGACUCAAAGCUUUUAAUAUGUUUGUCCGGUUGUUUGUGGAUGAGAAUUUGGACCGAAUGGUUCCGAUUUCAAAGCAGCCCAAAGAAAAAAUCCAGGCCAUCAUUGAGUCCUGCAGCCGCCAGUUCCCAGAGUUUCAAGAACGUGCUCGGAAACGUAUCCGAACCUACCUCAAAUCCUGCCGACGCAUGAAGAAGGGGGGCUUUGAGACACGGCCUACGCCCCCCCACCUAACCUCCGCCAUGGCUGAAAACAUCCUCGCAGCCGCAUGUGAAAGUGAAACGCGUAAUGCAGCCAAGAGGAUGCGCCUUGACAUCUACCAGGGUCAUGAUGAGACGGUUUCAUCGGACAAGCCCAGCUCCAGAGAUCCAGCUGCCCUGGCACACUCAGGCUUCUCAUUGGCUGCCUCGGCCUACGCCCAGGACCAACUCUACACCAACGGUGGACUUAACUACAGUUUCCGUGGAUACGGGACCCUCCAAAAUAAUGGCACACAACAAUCUAACGGUCCUACUGAUCUCAGUAUGAAAUCUUUGGCAUCCAGCACCACCUCCUCCUCCAGUUCAAACAGUCACGGUCAGGGCGGAGGGGGCGGCGGGGCAUCUGCCCAGCUCAGCCCACCCGAGGUCACCGCCGUUCGGCAACUUAUCGCAGGCUACCGCGAGUCCGCAGCCUUCCUGCUCCGCUCGGCAGAUGAGCUGGAGAACCUCAUACUGCAGCAGAACUGAGAACUGCACACGGUCUGGUGCUGCCCGUCUUUCACAUAUGUAUGCAUACAUGCAAUGACAAGAAAGAUACAUGUAGCUAUGUGCACUUACACGCAUUUAUACACCUAAAGCCCAUAGGCAGAGCCCAGAGUUGAAUAUCUUGACCAUUCUACCGAAUCAGUUUCGACCAAUCCAAACUCUGUCUAUGUUAAAGCCUCCUUUUUCCAUCUAUCACCCAUGACAGCUGUACGUUCACAAUUAUCCUAAUGAUCAGAGCUGUGUUUUAUGAGAAACUAUGUCUAUGGGACGAUACAUCACAUUGAGUACACAAACAUUCUCUAUACUUACAAACUUUUGACGUGGGCACAAUUACAUGUUUUACAAUCUCAAAGGCUUUAUUAAAUUACAAAAAAUAACACAGAUGAGCCAAAACUUACACACCUCAGACAUUUAAGUUACCAUACAUGUAACCAUGCUGCAACUUUGAUCCAGAUUUUAGCCAUUUAGAUAAAGAACAGAUUCAAGAGAAAGGGUUUCUAUAUGAGAUCUCUUCUAUCUGUUUAAUGCUAAUGAGGUUUGGGGAGAAGGUGCAAUGUAGAUGAUAAUCGUUCUAGUGUGUUACUGUCUGAAAAUGUAUCAUUUUCGAUCAUAAACACAUUAACAAUGUUGUUUGUACAUAUUUAUAAAUAUAUUCCUCACUCAUAUUAAAGAAAAAUUAGUUUGAGCUUACACGUGCACAGAAAAGUCGACUUAAAGGGGCAAUGAUUGGUUAUAGCUAAAGGUGAUGUAAUCCUAUUGGUUGAGAACGGUGCACCGUUGGACAUUAUGCAAAUGAAGCUGUGCGAAGUGGAACGCUUCAGACCCUUUCCUUUGUCCUCUAACGCCUUGGCACCCCUCCACGUUCAGCACAUCAAUGCACUGUAGAGGCAGAGGAACGCUGACAUCGACCUCCCAGACCGGAAGGACUUGAAAAAUAAAAAAGUGAGGUAAAAAAUGAAAAAUAUGGACUGCGUUUCCCAUGAUGCAUUGCAAAUACAUUUUGUUAAGUUGUGAAUGCUGCUCUUAUUUUCUAACCUCAUGACUGAGACACUUUCAUCUUCACGUGGACCAGAGGGACAUCUCAUUGGCACACAUACUGUACUGUAUAUGCAUAGUGAGGUUGAGAGAAAGGACCUACAGUAGUUGUUAACAGGAAGGAUGAUGUCAUCAUUUCCUUUCUGUCAGGAAAGCUAUGCUCAAUUGGCAUAUUUUUGGCAGUGAUCAGUGGACUGAGACAGAAUAGAGUAGAAACUACAACCCUCAUUACCAGUUUUACUAUUCCUUAAUUUUCUCAUGUUCACAAAUGCCAUCUUAAAAACUGUAUUAAAAAAGCAAAAGACAAUCCUGAACGGUUGAUCACUUGUAAAACUGCAUAGCUGUGUAUGAGAUCGGACUCUCUAGCCUUCAGCGGAGCGACAGGGCCUUCAAGUUUCAACUCUCGUAGCCAUAGCUUGAACCGUGUCCUCGCUCUGCAACAUGUUUAUGCGGAACUUAGCUGUAAAACAUUUCAUUUUCUUAUUUUUCCCGUUAUUUGUGGCUACUUUUUGUAUUUUUUAUUUCAUUUGUGCUACAAUGAGGGUCUAUAGAGAAUUCUCAACAUUCCAAAUGUAAACCGUGCAUCUAAGAUUGACAUACAAAUGGAGAGAAAACAAGCUUGACUCAAACAACUUAGCCUGUUAUUACCUCUUAUAUGUUAUUUGUUGAAUCGGUUGCUUGAUGAACAGAUGAAAUAUGUGCAGGAUCAUUAGUAAUUUAUAUUCAGAUGUUACACUUUAUAAAUGAUUUAAAUUGGUUAAAAACAUAGUAGCACUUUACAGUCCGCAUAUAGGAAAAUGUACGCAGAAGGGGUCAAAUGAGACGGAGCCUUAAAACUACGUACAUGACUCUAAAUUAUAAAAUGCAGCUAGUCGUUCACAAGCCAUAAUCUCCUGUCUUAAUUUACUCUGCGUUGCUGAAAUGUGAAUAUUUGCUAUUUAAGAAAACUAUUUCUUUGUUCUGCUUGUAUGCUCGCAUUUAUGUUAUUUUCCACACACCCCUUUAUGCAGAUCUAACAGUGCCAGGUUCAUUUAUGAUUUCUGACCAUCAAGUAAAAUGCAUCAGACAUUAUUCUAAUUUAAUAUUGUAGACAAACAGCUCUUUACAAGUACAAAAGUUGUACAAAGCCGUAUAAUUUUGUUUUGCUUUAACUUAUAUUUUCGCUUUUUUGUAUGCUUUUGUUUUAUAAUAACAUUAGAAGUGUAAAAUGUUUUUUUACAUUUCAUUAAAGGGCAUAGACCUUUAAAGCUCUGACAUCUGAGGUUGGUGAACAUGAUGCAUUUAAUGGAAAAAGGAAAAACUGAAGGCAAGAAAAAAAGAUGCUACAACCUUUUAUUUUUUUAAGUGCAGCUAAAAUCUGCAAUGAAAUGUAGUAACAACCAUUGCCUGUGAUAUAUUUUAAUUUUGUGGUGCUUUGUAAUAUUAUUAUAAUUCUGGUAUUUUUUUGUUUGUUUUUACUCCUGUACUUACUAGAAACUGUAAGCUGACGCUCAGUUUCUCUUUGUAUACCAAUGUGAAGUUUUGUAUGAUUUCUUUCUGGUUUUUUGACUCAGUGAAAGUGUGUGAUGUUUACAUGUACAGAAUUUACGAUUUUCUUUGUUGUUCUUAUUUUUGCUGUUGUUGUUUUUGUUUGUCCUGGUAAAUCCCAGCCUCUUGUCCUGUCGUGACCCCACACCGUGCUUUUUACUUUAAAAUGACAAUUCCUAAAAAAAUGCUGAAUUUAAACCACGUUAAAGGCCUUUGCACAUUCACAAUAGAAACACGUGUUUUUAUUUUCUAGGUCAUGUUAUUGCUUAAAUCAAAUCAAAUGCUUUUUUAAUUUUAGAAAACAGCAUAAAGUGCAGUAUAAAGUGCUGUUUCCGCAUCAAAGGGAUAAAGAUCUGUGUAAGGGCCUUUAAAUGUGAUUGCCAAUGCUGAGGAUAGAUGCUGAAGAAAGAGAGAGGAGGGACUUCUCAUCAGCACAAAGUGCACGACUAAUUCCCUUCCCCACAAAUGUUGGAUUAAAAAGGCCACUUAUAAUAAUUCCCAUUAGAUAUUUAUGCAUUUUUGCUGUUGUAGAGACAGCAAGACGACUCUUGAUGUCAUGUGAGUAGGGACAUUUUUUUUUUGGGAUGGGGCAGGUUUCUACUCAGCUCAUAUUGACAUUCGUGAAAGCCAUUCCUCCUAUUGUUGGUACGUAUGGGGAACAAGCGAACCUCAGGAACUCUUUGGACCUGCGUUACUUUUUUUAACCAGGUCUGUACGUCUUUGCUGACGAGUCCUCCCUCUCUCCAAUUUCAACCCAGUUAUAUCGGUGUUCUGUUUGUUUGUUUUUAUAUAUUUAUUGUGUUUAAAAGUGAAUCUUCUCCAGUAAAUGUGGCUGAAUAUUUGAAACUUUAGAAAAGUGUUGAUAAAAAUAUAUAUAUAUAAAUAUAUAAAUGUGUGUGUGUGUGAAACAACUAAAAGAUGGAGAAUAUUGCAGGUAAAAUCAUUUUUGUUUGUUUAAUGUACAAAAAGAAAAAAGCACAGGUGGAUGAUUUGCCUGCCUUUUACAUAUCACUUUGCCGAGAGACUCAUUCUAAGACAUUUUAAAAUGUUCGGUGUGGUGUCAUCGCUGUGGUACGAGAAAGCACCUGCAACCCGAGUUGCUCUAUCCUCCAGAGCUGUCUGAAUAAAAUCUGUGAACUGAA